AUGACCAAGAACAAUAACGUCAAUAACGUUGAUAAACCAAUCUUUGAACAAACUAUUUACGAUCCAAUUACCCAUCGUCCUGUUUUUAAAAUUGUUAUUAGAAAGAAGGGAUUGGCCCAUGUUUCAUUGGAAUUGUUCGAUGGCAUCAAGAUCAGAGUGGUUGUGGUUGAUGCAUUGCAAAACAGAUCAGGCUGGUACAUGAUGAAGAACAACUUUAGCGAUAACAAGAUGCGUGCUGAAAUGACAAUUUCCAAGAUACUUGGUGCUUGUCAAGUUAAGUGCCCAACAAAGGCAGUGGGUGAUAUUAUUAUUGUGCUCCUUGGUCAUGUUAUCAAGUUGAAGACAAGGCUGGCUGUGGUCAGGAAUAAUUCUAAUUUAUCAGUGGUUCAAGCCAUCUAUUUGAAUGGUGAAGAUGAACCUCUAUGGAUUGCUGAUGAUGAUGAAAUGUCAGAAGAAAAAGAAGAAGAAAUUAAUGUUGAUGGUGGAUUGGAACCUGUAACAACAAACAGAAAGAAAAGAAAGCCUAGAAAGAGAGCUGCUGCUUCUGCUUCCUCUAGUUCCUCUGCUGAAACGAUGAUUGAAGAUCAAGAGCCAAAAUCUGGAACUAAAAGAAAGACCAGUGAGAAGACUAAACCAAGAAAGAAGAAGGUAGUUGCAGCUUCCUCUUCUGGUGAUGAUACAGGUAGUAUUCAAUCUUAUAAUUCUCAAACACUUUCUGGAAACUCUUUGUCACCACUAGUUCCUAAUAUUAUUACACCACCAAGUGUCAAUCCAAUGCAAAACUUUGUUCCAAUGACACCAUCUGCUAGUACACCACUAACUUUCAAUACGGUGAUGCAAAAUUUCAUCCCAACAACCCCAUUAAUGGAUCCAAGAAUCCCGAAUUCUACGUAUCCAACUGCCAUGUCUCAAAUGGCUGCCAGUAGUGCACCACCAAGUCCAAAUUCCUUCCCAAAUCUAAUUUCUUCGCCUCAAAGAUUGUUCGAAGAAUGUAUUACUGACCUAUUAGCAUAUGAUCCCAAUCAACAAGACGAAAGUUCUAAUGGUAAUUUUCCCCUUAAUUCAGACUUUGAUUUUUUGUUUGAACAAGAUGAUUCUAACUCAAACAGUAGAGAACAAAAUGAUUAUUUUUAG